GCAAGGCCGAUCAGCUAAUCGGAGCAUACGCAAGCAAAGCAGUCAUUUGAGUCCUUCUCGCGCUGUCGACUUUUUAUUUGCUGCUGUGUCCGUGUUGCUGUCGCCCUCGCGCGGAUAUCUAUGAAGUCAUGCGCACUAUUAGACAAUGCCUUCGAAGAUGCGUCCUAUAUGGGGUAUUGCUUUACGGGCGCAAACGCUAUCGGUCGAUGAUUGCAUCUAUGAGGACUGCUUGGCGAAGGAUGGGUUUCAAAUUCGAUUGUUCGUCACUUCUCGCAAAAGGAACGGUGUUCGUAUACAUACUGCGGUGAACAUGCAUUCAAUAGAUUGGCGUGUUCUGUACGGCUGGUCAAUGGCAGACGCUAGUACCGAAUCAAUUGGCUUUGUUUGGCCCAGCGAUCGUUUUCCGGUGCAUCUCCUCUCCCCCCCUCCCCCGCGGUCAAAGUUAAGAUCAUCCUAUCUCCAGCGUUCUUACGCCUUCUCUUGCAGGAGAGAUGUGAUGGCGUUCCUUGCUCACUGUGUUCAAGAUGACCUAUACUCCUCAAUCAAUUGCGCUCGAAACGCAGGGCGACGAUACAUGGAAGUUUCGAAGAUAUCUGUUGAAGGGGACUGCACUGGCUCACACGCAAAAACAAGGUUCUGGAUAGUUCCAGCAGGUUCCAUUGGUGACAGCGUCCAAGGACGAGCUCAACAACGUUCAGCGCCAGGGUAAGCGCCUUUACAAAUUUAGAUAUCCAUGACCACAAUCUUCUCGCGGAGCAUACGCACUGUCACCACUUACACUCACCAUGCGCCUGCACUGCCGACGGUAUCCAGAUAUCUAUGUGCCAAGGUCUACAUGAUGGUUCGGUCAGUUCACGCUGCACGUUUGCGCUGGAACGCUGCCUGCCCAUCUUACGUGAUGUUUCACUGAGCGGCGAAACUUCAUGGAAAGGACUGAACACCACUGCGUACUGGAACACAGCUUUGGAGCUUUAUAAUAGUAUCCGCCGCGGAACCUGGGUCGUGUCUUUCGCUCAUCUGCUCUUCCUCUCUAUAUAGCAAGUGCGUGCUGCACCGU